GUUCAAGUUCAAGUGCUGCGAUGUGCUUCACUCGGUUUGUGGUUGUGUGGCUUUUGGGCUGCCUUGCAGCGGGUGUUUUGGGCUUCAAGAGCUGCGCUGAGGAGAAGCAUUGUGUGCCCUCCGAGCAGUGCAAUGAGGGUCUCAUGGUGGAAGGGCACUUCUAUCCGGAUCGCAGCAGAACCAUGCUAGAUGAGCAGUGCCAUUAUAUGGAAAAGUGCUGCAAUGUCCACGAUACGCUACCCACAGCCAGAACUUUGGAAGGAGCAAACUCCUGGCAAUGCGGUGGACGUCAUGAUCUUUGGUACUAUCUCCGCCCGUUGGGAUACAAGCAGCAGGAAGCAAAGUUCGGCGAGUUUCCGUGGCUGGUGGCCAUUUAUGGGGCCGCUGGUUAUUUGUGCAGUGGAGCCCUCAUAUCUCCCCUAGCCGUCCUCACCACGGCUCGUUGCGUGCAGAACGAGACGGCCGAGAAUAUUCGUCUGGUGGCAGGUGAAUGGGAUGCCGCGGUGGAGCUGGAGCCGCAACCCCAUCAGACCCGUGCGGUGGCGGAGUUGCUGCUGCAUCCCAAUUAUACGCAGACACCGGUGGCCCACAACAUAGCUGUGCUGCUGCUGGCCAAGGAGUCGCCUCCCUUCGAGCUGGCGCCCAAUGUUCAACUGAUUUGCUUGCCUCCGCCCCAGAUGGUGUACAACUACAGCCAGUGCUAUGUUUCCGGCUGGCGGCGAGGCGAUUUUGGUGGCUCCGUGACGUUGCCUAAGCGCUGGACUCUUUACGCCCUGCCGCGGGAUCAGUGCAUGGCGAAACUCCGGCUCUCCUACCUGGGUCGACGGUACUCCCUCAAUGACACACUGCUCUGCGCUGGCGGGGACAAGGGAGACUUUGUCUGCGGCGAUGGUGGCAUGGAUGGAGUGCCCCUCAUGUGUCCGCUCCCCGGUCACGACGAUCGCUUUGUUUUGGCCGGCCUGCUGGCCAAGCCAGGGCGCUGCGAAGGCCCACAGUUGCUGGGAAUUUACACGAACUUGCAGUUCUACCGGCAGUGGAUAGACCAGAAGCUCAGGGAACGCGAUCUCGACAUAAGGCAGUACAUGGUGUAACCAGAUUGUAAGCAACCCCCAUAUAAACAAAGAGUAUUCUAAGAAAAUUAUUUUAUAAUAUAUAUUUGUUGCCAAGUCCGAUCGGAUUGCAUUACAACUCCCGGAAUUCGCUCGACCAGACGCGUGAUCCGCCUGCCGUGGGCCUGUCGUGGUCUACGAUCCGACAUUUGCCUUUAGUCGUUUCAAGACAGAUUCAAAGACAGGUUCAGUUUUGUUUUAGCUGCUAAAUAUUGUAGUUCCUUGGAUAUGUUGAAACUCUGCUUGCUGAUACAGUUGCUCGGUCUUUCGCUGCUGCAUGGAUCGGUGCAUGGAUGGCCAUUUGAGCCCUUAGAUAAUGAGGAUGACUUUGUCAAUGAUAACCACACCAUUUGUAAAAACUGUACGCUGAAUUAUCGAGACUAUGUGAUCGUUAUGAAAAUGGAAUUUGAUACGCAAGAAAAAGGGGCCAUCUAUCCGUAUUUUCUUGGCAUGUGGCUCUGUUUUGGCGCACUGCUGUUCGUUCGCCACUACCGUCAGCGCCAUUAUAAAGUCUAAA